UAUAGCAAGUCCCAGGCUAACCUGGAUUGUACAGUGAGAUCCUGUCCUCAUCGUUACCCCAACCCUCCAAACAGAAGAUUCUAAAGCCACCUAAAGCUGUAGAUACAAGGGAUGGGGCCGGGGGAUGGUGCUAUUCCAGUCUGUGUUCCAGAUGUAGACACCGAAGUUUCUAGAUGUGAGAAUUGGAGCAGUAAGGAAGUGGGUUGAAGCUUGUCAAAUGUGCAGCUCACUCACCAGAGUCACUGCUGAGUGUUCUCUGAAAGUCCUGAGGUCUCUAAUGGUGUCCACUGGGGCUGGGGGAGGGGGCACGUGGAUAGUCUUCUGUCCUUUCAUGUGUCAGCAAGAUGGCUUUGCAGCUUCACAGUGAGAGUGUUAGCCAAGCAUGGUGCUGGGACACUUAUGUGGUCCCAGCACUCAGAGGCUGAAGCAGGAGGAUGGCACAUUUCAAACCAGCUACAUCGAGAGUUCUAGAAUAGCCAGGACAUUAUAGCAAGAAACCAUCUCAGAAAGAGAAGGAAGGAUUUUAGACAUGGAGAAGACAAUGAAUGAUGGUUUUGGAACCUGUUUCCUAUGUCAGUCCAUGCGGUGUAUAAUGCAUCUGCAUUUGUUGCAGGGCAUGGGCUCAAGUCUCAUUGGAGUGCCGUCCUUGUACCAAACUGUUAGCAGAGGAGAUGCCCCCUAAAGCAAAUGGGCAGCCAGUAAGCAGUCUUUGUGCAGAGCUUGGCCCUCUUGCUCUAGGUUAAAUAGGAGCUUCUGCAGCAGGCAGCUAUGAGCAUAUUAACACUUCAGGAUACUUGUUAAUAACACACUGUUCACAUCAGUGUGAGAGGUUGGGCUUGUUUCUCAAUUCAAGAACCUUGCUAUGAGGCAGGAGUGUAUGCUAAGUUGAGAGUGUUUACUUAGCACAGAACCCCAGGUUCAAUCCCCAGGACUAAAUAAAUGGGUGUUGAGGCAUAUGCCCACAAUCCCGGCACUCAAGAGAUGGAGACAGGAGGAUCAGAAAUUCAGAGUCAUCCUUAGGGAUAGGUUGAGUUUGAGGCUAGCCUGAGCUGUAUGAGACCUUUCUCAAAAAAGCCUAGCAGGCCAGCCAGAUAGCACAGUAGGUUGUGGUACUUGCUGCCAAGCCUUACAGUCUGAAUUCAAUCAAUGCCCAGGAACCAUAUGGUGGACGGAGAGAACGGACCCCAGCAUGUACACCAUUGCACAUAGAUGCAGAAUAGAUAAAUGGAAGAAGAAAAGCCUUGCUUAGGUAGUUAGCCCAGAGUGUGUUUGGAGAAGAGUUCCAUGUAAAAAUAGCAAUGACAGUUGAUCACACUUGUCUCUUGACUUUCACAGGACUGCUUCAGAGUUGUGUUGUUGGAUGCCAUUGCCGGCACUGUUGAGAGCUAGUCCCUGCCUAUGGCAGGAGCAACCAGCUUCAGGGUUGCACGUCCAACAUGUCACACGGUCAUUUCAGUCCUAGACUGGCCUAAACUGGCUUUGCGGCAGGAUGUCAAGUUAACCUGCUACCAGAUGUUCUUGUCAGAGGUGACAGGAAUCGUCUGCAAAGCCAUCAAAAAUAAGGAUUAAUCUAGAAGAAAAUGUACAGUAUGUGUCCAUGAGAAAAGCUCUGAAAGUGAAGAGGCCCCGGUUUGAUGUGUCACUGGUAUACUUAACUCGGAAGUUUAUGGAUCUCGUCAGAUCUGCCCCUGGGGGCAUUCUUGACUUAAACAAAGUUGCCACAAAACUGGGUGUUCGGAAGAGGCGAGUGUAUGACAUCACCAAUGUCUUGGAUGGCAUCGAACUGGUGGAAAAGAAAUCUAAGAACCACAUUCGGUGGAUAGGAUCUGACCUGAACAACUUUGGGGCCGCACCCCAGCAGAAGAAGCUGCAGGCAGAACUCUCCGACCUGUCGGCCAUGGAAGACGCCUUGGACGAGUUGAUUAAAGAUUGUGCUCAGCAACUGUUGGAGUUAACAGAUGACAAGGAAAAUGAAAGACUAGCGUAUGUAACCUAUCAGGAUAUUCACGGCAUUCAAGCUUUCCAUGAACAGAUUGUCAUUGCAGUGAAGGCUCCAGAGGAAACCAGACUGGAUGUUCCAGCUCCCAGAGAAGAUUCUAUCACAGUACAUAUUAGGAGCACCAAAGGACCCAUUGAUGUAUAUUUGUGUGAAGUAGAACAGAACCAUUCAAAUGGUAAAACCAAUGAUGGAAUAGGAGCCUCUCCAUCUAAAAGCAGCCAUCCACAAUGCCCAGAGAAAGAAGACGAGCCUCCUCAGUGAGUGAAGAACUCAGAGUGAGCGGCUAGUAGCAGUGCAGAGUGACGAAGGUUUUUGGAGUAUCCCGAGUGGGUGAAUCAUGUGCCCCAUCCAGUGUGGGUGAAUCAUGUGCCCAUCGUUUGAUUUUCAGCAAUAAGUCUCCUCGGAGUGCUCUUGUGCUCUAUUGUAGACUGGUAGCCGCACCGAAGGCCAGUAGUGUUCUCCCGAGUCGCCUCCAGCACGGGGUCCUGAUGGGUUCCCCAUCCAGAAUCAGCUCUCGAGAUAACUCUUCGCUGCCCUUGGUCAGUGAAAUAGACCUCUUGCCUCCUGAAAUCAUGUUAUCACAAAGACUAGCAUAAGGACAGACAGCUGGACAGCUGGUCGUGGACUGUGCCCUGCCCUGAUGGAUAGUGUUUGCCUCACAGAAGAAUUGCCUUACACUGGUUCACAUUUGCAGUUAGGUGUUGUGCACUGGUGAGGUGCACACACGGGGCCAAAUGUGGCGCCUUUGUAUAUAUCUGUAUCAUGUUUAGAGGACUUUCAAAAUAUGUCUGAGUGUCACUUAUACCCUAGAACACCCAAAAUAAUGUAUGUAGGGAAAAUGACAGACAGAUCUCUAGUUUCUCAGUUCCUAUAACUUAUUAGAACCCUCUGGAUGGGGAUGAGAGAGUUUUCUAAAGUUUUACAUGUAGAAGUUUCACAGAUGCCUGGACAUUUAGGUUCAUAUACUUAAAGUAUUUUAAUACGCUCCCCAGUGCUACAAUUGGAACCACAAACUUCUUGAUUUUUAAGCUGCCUACAGAGUCAUCAUGUCCCAGAAGAUUGGUGGCAUGCCUCAAAGCAUUGUGGGAAAGUACAGACUUUCAUCUGGCAACAGAUCAGUUCACUACAAUGUGAUUUGGUCCUGGUGAAGUUAAAAGCAUUAUUCCGCUUUUUGUGAGCAGAUUUUAUAAUGUGUUUCUGUGUGCAGCCUUGCUCUUCAGUCAGAGGGCCUUACCUCCUGUGCAUUGUACCCCGCCUCAGCUCUCAGCCCGCCUUCCCAAUCACCUAGCGCUCUCUACCUCAGUGGGUAAGUCACUUACCUCUCUGUGCCUCAAUUGCCUCAGUCAUUUACCACUAGACUGUGAGCUCCGUGAGAGACAAUUGUUCAUAGUGGCUCCCAGCGCCUUGUACCACGCCUAGUCCAAGACAAGUGCCCAGUGAAUGUCUAGCAAACUCGUGAGUGAACGAGUGCAAUGUGGGGCUGAUGGAACCUGGAUUGUUGGUAUACAGGAGUCUGGGAAGCAUCGUUAGUUUGGUAAACCUCUCCUGCUUUACAAAAGAUUUGAAGCAGCUUGAAAUAACAAUCAUGUAUACAAAGUAGAGAUUCAAAAUUAAAGUAUUAAAAAAAUA